AGCGGAGGACUCGGGAACUACGGGAUAGCUGGCGACCAGUGUUGAGGAGAAUGUUGCCUUCGCUGCUGCACACGGUCGUGUCGUAGACUCAACGGCCCAGCAAUGCUGCAAAACGUAAAGGAAGUGUGUGUUUGGUGUGUUUAGCCAGCCACCGGUCUGCCACGCCUCGAAGAGGCUCCCAGCAUGGACGCCUCGUCGUCCGACGUGUCCGGCCGUCUCUCAAAACGAACCUCCGUUGCUUCCAGCAGGGUGCCCGAAACCGAUCUAGUGCCACUGAACUUCAGUCAUACUUCGAGAGGUAUCAAAAACGAAUUGUUACUCCAUGAAGCUGCAAUCAAGAACGAUGUUGCAACGCUUAAGCACCUUAUUGAAUCGAAAGUGGAUGUCAAUGCAAGAACACACAUGGAGAGGGUGCCACUUCAUUGGGCUGCAGCUCAUGGUCACCUUGAUGCAAUGGCAGUCCUCAUCCAGGCAAAAUGUGAUGUGGAGGUGACAGACAAGUACGGAAUGCGGCCAUUACUGAUGGCAGCAUGGUUUGGACACCGAGGUGCCGUUCAGCUGCUUGUUGAAAGUGGGGCCAGUUGCCGAGCAGUUAACCGCCAAGGUCAAACUGCACUUCAUUGUGCUGCACAGAAUAAUCAUCACUUCAUUGUGCUCCACAGAGCACAGAAUGACAAGGUCAUCAUCUUUAAUGGUCAAACCGCUCUGCACAUUUCGGCUAUCAACAACUGCAUGGAAAUUGUAGAGAAACUGCUACAGUACAAAGCUGACCCCAACAUCAAAGACAAGUCUGGGUGCACAGCACUUCACCAUGCUGCACAGCGAGGACAUCAUCUUGUGAUGAAGCGCCUGCUGCAGAGUAAUAAAUUGGACAUGGAUGACCCAAACUAUGAGAGGAGCACGCCUUUGCACUUAGCAGCACAGAAUGGGCAUCAAGCAGCUGUGCAGAUACUCUUAGAACACAAAUGUGACGCUUCCAUCACUGAUGCUAAAGCCCGAACUGCACUUCAUAUUGCAGCCUCAUUGGGCCACCUCGAUGUGGUGGAAACAUUGCUGCAGUUCAAAGCUUCACUCACGGUCAAGGAUAAGCACGGCAACAUGCCAUUGCACCUAGCUGUUCUUGGUUGCCAUGCCAACAUGGUCGACUUACUGGUGAAGAAGGGUGCACUGGUAAAUGCAACCAACAAUCGCCUACAAACACCGUUGCACAUAGCAGCUGAGCUUGGCUUCACUGAAGUGGUACAGGUGCUGGUGAGCCAUGGAGCAGACCUCUUCCUUCCUGAAAAGGGUGGACGCACGGCACUCUACAUAGCUGCACGUGGCAGCUAUACAGCAAUAGUGGAUAUGCUCAUUACGGCUGAACGGGAGAUCAAGCACAGGUGCAAGGCGAAGGAGCAGUCAGUAACAACACUCCAGCCGGGUGCCCGCCAGUUCUGCAACAGUCUGGUGGACAUCAAGGAAGAGAGCGUGGCGAGCGAUCAGCAGCAACAUUCUGGUGCCGACAAUGCCGAGGACGGGGAACAGCUACAGCAGCAGCGGCAGCAGCAGAUGCAGCGCUUGUCCUGGACCCUGGCCAAGGAGAUGCUGAUGCCCAACGACUGGAAACACUUGGCACGGCACUGGGGAUUCACUCCCGAACAUAUCAAGGCCAUUGAACACCAGUACACAGGUAAAUCGAGCUACAAAGAGCAUGGCUAUCGAAUGCUGCUCAUCUGGUUGCACGGCCUACCACCAAACACAAAUCCUCUCAAGGAGCUUUUUGAGGCUUUAGUUGCCAUUGACAAGAGAGAUGUUGCUGAAAAAAUACGGAAGAAGGCAGAGGAGAAUGCGUAUGGAGCCCGACGAUUUAGUCCCAGUCGACUCUGCCACAUGUGUUGCCUACUGUGACCGCCAGGCUGGUGACACCCAGUCCC